CGUUUAAAUGUUUGCUGUUGUUUUUUGUACUUAGUCGGGUCGGGGAGAGUGAGAGAGACGUGAGGGCACGGGGACAACACCGCGGUACUCAGCUGUUUGUCCCAAGCAGCGAUGUUCGCUUACACUGGACACGUUCGCCCAUGAAGUAUCAUCGCCCGUUGUCUCCCAUCUAUUAGCCCUGUUGACAACUCCAGCCUUCGCCAUGAGCUGUCUGGAUGUUAUGUAUCAAGUGUACGGUCCUCAGCCUUACUUUGCAGCAGCGUACACUCCUUACCAUCAUCAGAAAUUAGCUUUUUACUCGAAAAUGCAAGAGGCGGCGGACAGCACGAAUAUCAGCGGGACGUUUUCAGUGCACGGCUCUGCGAUCAAAGAGGAAGACUCGGCCGGCGAGAAAGAGCGGCCACCUGAAGCGGAGUACCUCAGUUCCCGCUGCGUGCUCUUCACAUACUUCCAGGGUGACAUUAGCAGCGUUGUUGACGAGCACUUCACAAGGGCACUGAGCCAGGCCAGUUAUGCUCCCGCCAGCAGCGGCUCCAAAACCUCGAGAGGAAGCACGAGUUCAUGGAGAGAGGGAGCCUUCCCAAUGAACCAACGGGGUUUUCCACCUUCUUUCUGGAACAGCACUUACCAGCCCUCUAUGUCUGCAAGCUUGAGUAGCAGUCUAGGUAAUGCCCUAGCAGGAGCUCCCUCAGAGCUGCCCUUUGGAGCUGACCCAUACUCAAGUGCCUCUUUGCACACACAUCUGCAUCAAGGAGCCCCCGAGCCCUGGCACCACCACCACUACUCACUGGGAAGUGCCAUCAGUACACAGAGCUCCGUCUACACACGGCCUGGCAUGCACGAUGUAUAUGGGGUUGGUGCAUCUUUUGACCCACGCUACAGUUCACUACUAGUACCUUCAGUGAGGCCACAUAGGCUUCCUGCUAUCCCUACUCCACAAUGUGACCUGGCAAAGAGUGACACGGCCUCUGCAUGGACCACAGGGGCCUUUACAGGUCCCUCCACUGACAUGAGCCAAACCCUCAACCUCAAUGUGGAUGCAGCUCGCCGCUAUUCCCUUUGUGGUGGAUCCCUGUUAAGCUGAUUGUUUAUUACACAACAAAACGCUUCAAGCAAAAAAUAAAACAAAAACCUUUUGGAGAAAAAAAGUGUUUCAAACUCCACAGUUGAUCGACCGGCCGUAGAAGUUAAAACUGCGACUGAAUCAUUUGCUAGAUCGCACGCUCCUCCCGGAGAACAUUAAGAGAAGCCGGUUUGAAGUGCUUGGAUUUUAACACAUUUUCAAAAAUGCGCUCAUUCUUUCAAAAGAGCGCCCAGAUGUCCGAAUCAAACUUUACUCGAAUCCAGGGAAUGUUGAUAUAGUGGGAUUUCCAGGAAUCCACAGUUGGGCAUUUCAUAACAGAUCGCUUCUAAUAGACUCAACAAGCUAAUUUUUAAUAGUAACGCACUGCUAAUAACAGGACCACAAAAGGAACACGAUUCAUUACAAACAAACGAAGACUUUUUAAGAAUGCGGAAAGUCCUGAUAUGCAUUCCAAUUGUGUUUUUUCUCUCUCGUGAAUCGGCCUGGCGAUGGAAAACUCCUGUAAGAUGGAGAGCUUUAAUGAGAUCGGGAACAUUGUACCCUGUGCAGCCAUUCCCGCGGCCACAAGAUCUGCCGAAGGCUUCAGGGCAGCAGCUGUUGCAACAACUGUGCAAACUAUUGGGCUCUCGGAGAGGUUGCUGCAACGGGCCGAUGUUGGGCAGCGUUUUCAGUGACUGCGAACUGACAAGUGGAAGCUUCUGAAGAUCCGAUGUAAGAGGGCGAAUGGAGCAUUGGGAAUGGAUGACCGUCACACCAAGCGGAAGAACGGAGAAAACAACAAGAGAGAGGGGAUGGGGGAGCAAUUUCAGGUUACAACAGCAUUUCUUUUGGACAGAUGGACUCCAGUUUAUUGAAACGUUUUAAUUCUGUGUGUCAGUAACGAGUAUUUUUUUUGUUAUUGUUGUCAUUUUAGCCGUUUCGGAGAACGAUUUGUAACUAUAACAGUGAGUGAACAUAAGUCUGGCCAUUCGCGAAGUAAAAGUAGUUUGAAAAAAACUCUGUAAAAAUAGAUUGUAUAAAAUUGUACUAUUUUGACAAGGCGACGCUGAUCAUUAAGUGUGACUAUUUGUUAACUUUAUUUCUGUGUUUUAUUCAUCCAUUCUUGAACUCGUGAAGGUGAAUCGAAACUGUGAACUGGAUUAUAGGCAUUUCCUGUCACCUGGGUUUAAAUUGAUGGUGUUUAAGAUUAAACAGCGUGCAUCACA